CGCACGAUUUCUAAUUGAACCCUUGGAACGGAUGGUCAGAUGGCCGGAGUCCCGGAGCAUAAUUUCAAAUAAUUUUCAUCGAAAUGGGAAGAGUUUUUCGAAUAUUUGGGGGCGUAGUCAACCAUACAAACUGACGAAGUAAUUGGAAGUGGUGAUUUUUAAACUCAGUGUGUUAUGAACAGACAGACGUUUUUUUGUAAUGAAGUAUAAUUCUUUCACGUGAAAGUACAUUUGUAGAAAAUGUGAGAUUCGUUUUAAUCUAAUGUACGGUGUAAAACAAAAAGUGAUUUGGAUUGCUUUUUAGCUUUGCACUUCUUUGUGCUCCGCAACGACCCGUAGCUAACUUGAUAGAGCUAACUUUAUUAGCUAAGCUAGCUUUGCUUUGGCCAGACAAUAUGCAGAUGGUUAGAUACCUAAGGGCGUUAACUUAGCUACACAUAUCCCAACCAGCUGGUUAUUUACACCAGGGUCCGUUUUCUGCGUGUUAAUUCACACAUCAGAAGUAUAUAUCGCACUAUAGCUUAGAUGUCAUAUUUGUGUGUAUAGAUAGCUAGGCUCACAGUCAGUAACGUUAGCUGCCUCAACAUAUUAGCUACAUUCUGCAGAGAUGUUGGAGGAGCAUACAGACAGACAGCACCAACUUGCCAUGUUAUGUCAGAAGCUCGACCGAAUUAAAACAAGAUAUCUAAUCGAAGAUGAAACUGAUAAUAUCAACCAGGCCAUUGGCUCAAAUUCCCCUGAAACGUGUCUCGCAUAUCUGAUGGACUUGGAGAAGAAAGGAGACCCUCACUUGGAUCCUAGUCAUCUCACAAAGCUUACAGACUUCUAUACCCGUGUAUUCUCAACUAUGCCACUGGGAAAACACUGCAAAAAUGAGAGCUAUGCCAGAAUGCUGGUCAGAUUUGCAGAGCUGAAUGUAAUCCAAGACACCAAUGGGGCAGAGGACAACUUCAAUGUUGCGACUACACACUGCCAGGAUUUUGCUUUUGUCCACAUUGCACACGCUCAGUUUGAACUGUCUCAAGGCAACACAAAGAAAAGUACUUGGAUACUUCAGAGGGCCAUUGAACUGAGUGCCAAACCCAACGACCUGCUGGAGGCUGCUAUGCAGAACUUGACUUUGGGCAAAGCAGAACUUCUUUUCUCUGAGGAUAAGGAAAAUGUACCAGUCUCAACUUAUAAUACACAUGGUUCUGCGACAUGGUUCGGCGACUUGCAGCUUUCCAGUAUUUUUUCUUCGGGAACAAUGGAACCACGGAAUGGACCCCAAGAGGACAAGGUUCCAGCUUGGAGGUCUGGUUCUCAACGAAAGAGAGCCGUUGGCAUGGCAGGGAGAGAGAGCAGUAGACUACAGGCAAUCUCAGAAAUGGAUGAUGACAGUGAUGGAAGACAAGUGAAGAUGGAGGCUCUCAUCUCAAGUAGCUUGUCCAGGCAAACUUCUGGUUCAAGUGCGAUGUUAUCCUUGUCCUCGGCCAAAAAGCGUGUUGAAGAUGGGGAUUUCCUCAAUCUAAAGACACCUAUCAUUACCCCUGAGCCACGCCCAUGGAAGGACAUGGGAACUGUGGACUCCACCACUACACUGCUGCACAGGCAAGAUAGGAGAGAUGACACCAGGAUGGAAGAUACCACUGACAAUAUAAACCAGAUAAUUGGUUCCAACUCCCCUGAGGCUUGCCGGAUGUAUCUGACCAAGCUGGAGAAGAGGGGCAAUCCUCAGACAGACACCAACCUUCUCCUGAAGCUGAAGGACAGCUAUUCCAGAGUCUUUUCCAGACUGCCAUUGGGAAUGUACAGCAACAGUGAGAGCUAUGCCAAGAUGCUGGUCCGAUAUGCUGAACUCAAAGGCAUUGAUGAUCCAGAUGAUGCUCGGGACAACUUCAUCGUUGCGAGAUCCAACUGCAAAAGCUUUGCCUUUGUGCACAUAGCACAUGCUCAGUUUGAGGUUGCUCAAGGUCAGGUCACGAAAGGCACGUCAAUACUACAGAAAGCCCUCCAGGUGAACGCAAAGCCCACUGAACUAAUUGAGACUGCAAUGCAGAAACUAAAAGCUGGGAAUUACCAGUUUCUCCCCGCAGAAGACAGAGAGAGUCUCCCAGAGCCACUGUCUCAUGGGUCAUUGAGUCUGUCAAACUAUGGUAGAGAGAGGGAGCCGGAGAUUCCCACCCGUUUACCUCUGAGCCAGACCCAGCCCAAACCCUCUAGCAUGGAGUUGUCUUCAGGGUGGAAAAUACCAGCCCAUGUAAGCAGAGUCGUGUCUCCAGAGGAGAAGAUCACCCCUCCUGAUUGCACGCCCAUUCCACGUCUGGUGGACUCUCUACCCACCCUGUCACUUCCUCUCCCGUCCAGACUCAACCCACCCGUCGCCUGCCAGAUGCCCAACUACAAAGACACCAGGGCCAACAGUUACUUUACCCCCGGGGUCAAGAGGAACUCCCCAAAUGCGGGUCCUCUUUCAGCAGCCCAUAAAGCCGGCCCUGCCCAGCAGCAGCCGUGCACCCCCCUCAGCCAGGUGUCCUAUGCCCAACAGACCCACCAGAGUUCUGCCGCUGCUCUCUCAAACGAGUCCAUUGUGAUAAAGGGCAAACGGUUCCUCGUCCUGAAGAUGAUUGGCCGAGGUGGAUCCAGUAAGGUGUACCAGGUUCUGGACCAACGUAAUCAGCUGUUUGCUGUGAAGUAUGUGAACCUGGAGGAGGCCGAUGCCCAGACAGUGGAGAGCUACAAGAACGAGAUAGAGCAUCUCAAUCGCCUGCAGCAGUACAGUGAUCAGAUCAUCAAGCUGUAUGAUUAUGAAAUAACCAACAGCUACAUCUACAUGCUGAUGGAAUGUGGUAACCUGGACCUCAGCACUUGGCUACGCAACCGUAAAACUGUCAACCCGCUGGAGAGGAAGUUAUACUGGAAGAAUAUGCUGGAGGCAGUCCAGACCAUCCACAAACAGGGUAUUGUCCAUAGUGACUUGAAGCCAGCCAAUUUUGUGAUUGUGAAUGCCUCGCUGAAAUUGAUCGACUUUGGCAUUGCAAGCCGCAUCCAGCCUGAUGUGACAAGCAUUAUGAAAGAUUCUCAGGUUGGGACCUUGAACUACAUGCCCCCUGAAGCCAUCAAAGACACUUCAUCCCAGCCAGGGAAGGCAAGCUCUAAGAUUAGUACUAAAGGUGAUGUGUGGUCCCUUGGUUGCAUCAUGUAUUGCAUGACCUAUGGGAAGACUCCAUUCCAGACCAUCACCAACCAGAUCACCAAGCUACACGCCAUCAUUGACCCGACCCAUGAGAUGGAGUUCCCUGACAUUGCAGAGAAGGAUCUGCUGGAUGUGUUGAAGAGGUGCUUGGUACGAAACCCAAGAGAGCGGAUUUCCAUCGCGGAGCUGCUGGAGCAUCCAUACCUAAAGCUUCAGUCUCAGCAACAGUCACCUGUGCCAGCACCUCCUGACAAUAAUGAUCUGAAGAGGAUCCUCAACGAGCUCGCUGCCUUACAGUCUCCCAACAGCAUUGCCAGGGCUGCUAAUAAUUUGGCGAAAAUGUGCAACAGUGGUCGGAAACUGGACGCUGCAGGGUGUGUAAAGUCAUCCAGCCAUCUCAACUGGAAGAUGUAGAUGGCUCCACUGAUGGCCUAAAAAAAUCCAAAGGGGUCAGCAGAUGGGACUUAAUUCCUAGCCUAAGUCGAGCACAACUUCAGCACAACCUGAAAAAGACAUGCUGUUUGGCAGUACACUGGCCCUGUUUGAAUACUUUGAAAAUGUUUCCUUCCCCCUUUUAAAGUCAUCACUGAUCUGUCAUGUCUGGAAUGGUGAAAGCUAUGAUGUGGAACCUUUGCUUUUAUUCUAUCCAAGUAUGUUAGAUCAGUGAUAACACAGAGGAUGGGAGGAAAGAAGGAAGCAUUUGAACUGUUUUCAAGCAGGGUCCAUAAAUGCCCUAAAGAGCUCUACCAUCUCCAUGUUUUAUUCUCUCAUGUCUUCAUGACUUCCCCUUGCUCGCAUCUUGAAGGAUACGGAUCUAUACUUUUCUUUUUAAGAUGGACACUUUUUUUGUGUUUCUUUACUUUGCACAUUUUACUGUACUCUCAAAUAUGUAACUACAAAACAAAUGCUCAACAAAUGAACUAGCUAACUGUAUUAUUAAUGUUUAUUUCUUUCAGCUGUCAAUUUCAUCUGUAGUUAUUUAUAGCUGUGUGUAUAUACAGUUGAAGUCGGAAGUUUACAAACAUGUUAGCCAAAUACAUUUACACUCAGUUUUUCACAAUUCCUGACGUUUAAUCCUAGUAAAAAUUCCCUGUCUUAGGUCAGUUAGGAUCACCACUUUAUUUUAAGAAUGUGAAAUGUCAAAAAGAGCGAUUUAUUUAUUUCAGCUUUUAUUUCAGCUUUUAUUUUUCAUCACACAGAAGUUUACAUACACACAAUUAGUAUUUGGUAGCAUUGCCUUUAAAUUGUUUAACUUGGGUCAAAUGUUUUGGGUAGCCUUCCACAAGCUUCCCACAAUAAGUUGGGUGAAUUUUGGCCCAUUCCUCCUGACAGAGCUGGUGUAACUGAGUCAGGUUUGUAGGCCUCCUUAAUCACACAUGCUUUUUCAGUUCUGCCCACAAAUUUUCUGUAGGAUUGCAGUCAGAGCUUUGUGGUGGCCACUCCAAUACCUUGACUUUGUUGUCCUUAAGCCAUUUUGCCACAACUUUGGAAGUAUGCUUGUGGUCAUUGUCCAUUUGGAAGACCCAUUUGUGACCAAACUUUAACUUCCUGACUGAUGUCUUGAGAUGUUGCUUCAAUAUAUCCACAUCAUUUUCCUUGCCAUCUAUUUUGUGAAGUGCACCAGUCCCUCCUGCAGCAAAGCACCACUACAACAUGAUGCAACCGUGCUUCACGGUUGGGAUGGUGUUCUUCGACUUGCAUGCUUCCCUCUUUUUCUUCCAAACAUAAGGAUGGUCAUUAUGGCCAAACAGUUAUAUUUUUGUUUCAUCAGACCGACCAGAGGACAUUUCUCCAAGAAGUACAAUCUUUGUCCCCAUGUGCAGUUGCAAACCGUAGUCUGGCUUUUUUAUGGCGGUUUUGGAGCAGUGGCUUUUUCCUUGCUGAGUGGCCUUUCAGGUUAUGUUGAUAUAGGACUCGUUUCUCACAUUGGAUAUAGAUACUUUUGUACCCGUUUCCUCCAUCUUCACAAGGUCCUUUGCUGUUCUGGGAUUGAUUUGCACUUUUUGCACCAAAGUACGACAGAGCAUGUCUCCUUCCUGAGCGGUAUGACGGCUGCAUGGUCCCAUGGUGUUUAUACUUGCAUACUAUUGUUUGUACAUAUGACUGUGGUACCUUCAGGCAUUUGGAAAUUGCUCCCAAGGAUGAACAAGACUGGUGGAUGUCUACAAUUUUUGUUUGGCUUUUUUCUUUUGAUUUUCCCAUAAUGUCAAGCAAAGAAGCACUGAGUUUGAAGGUAGGCCUUGAAAUACAUCCACAGGUACACCUCCAAUUGACUCAAAUGAUGUCAAUUAGCCUAUCAGAAGCUUCUAAAUUAAUUUUCUGGAAUUUUCCAAGCUGUUUAAAGGCACAGUCAACUUAGUGUGUGUAAACUUCUGACCCACUGCAAUUGUGAUACAGUCUGUAAACAGUUGUUGGAAAAAUAACUUGUCAUGCACAAAGUAGAUGUCCGAACUGACUUGCCAAAACUAGUUUGUUAACAAAAAAAUUGUGGAGUGGUUGAAAAAUGAGUUUUAAUGACUCCAACCAAAUUGAAUGUAAACUUCUGACUUCAACUGUGUAUGUGUGUAUGUAUGUAUGUAUAUAUAUAUAUAUAUAUAUAUAUAUAAUACUUGCACUGGUAGGAUACAAAUAACUGGAAGUCUUGAAUGAAUUAUAAGUGAAGCUGCUGAGAGGAGGAAUGUUAUGUGGGGGUGAUAACCUGCUCUGACAAUAUAAGAUGGGCUGAUUUCAGUGUAUGGUAAUAAUGCUGUCUCAAAUUGAUAUCAAAACCAGCCAAAGGAUUUCAGCACCAGAUCAGCGAGAGCUUUGAAUACUGCAUGCACCAUUUUCUAAUACCUCCACCAGCAUGACUGUUCCAUGCUCUUCAUGACACCAGACAUAUUACUCUCUUUUUUUCCACCUUUUGCACCCAGGAAUGGUUUUCACUAGAUAGCACAGCAACAAAGUCAAAAUUAGCUUUUGUAAAAAUUCAUGAAAAACAAAAAUGUGCUUUUUGGACUUUAAGGUCAGCAGUGUAUUUAAUUAGUAGACUUUUUACCUAAGCACAGUCCUUAACUUGGGCAGGAGCUCACUGGAAAUGAGUAAAGGAUUUUAUUCUGCUAGAGUCCCUGAGCCUCCUAUAGAAUAUUAUCUCAAAAUUAUUGAGUUCCUGCACCUAAAUAUAAAUGAGUACCGGCACGUACAGUAUUUCAGGCCAAGUCAAGCACUGGCCUUUAUAGUCAGGUAAAUUUCAUAGCAAGCAGUGGGGAGGGGGUAGGAAAACAAAAGGGAUAUAUGGUAUAUAUUGACAAUAAUAAAUUUUAUUUGGCAGAUGCCUUUCAGGACACUCAAGGACAUCUUACAUAAAAAUCUGGUACUGUACAUUAAAUCUAUUUAAUUUAGGUCUAUGUAAUGACUUAGAAUUUUGCUUUAUUAUUUACAGGGAAAAUACAAAAACAUAGUUUUUAAAAUUAUCAGCUUAUUUUUAGAAUAAUGGCCAGGUUCUGACACGUGUCACUUCACACUUGUACCAUGUGCAGUGAACAGUAGCUAUUGCUGUGUAGGCUACACAUCGUUAGCUAGACUCACAAGGCUAGCAAAAACAAGUGGCCAAACAAAGCUCACUGUUCAAUGUUUUCAAGAGGCAGUGUAUAGAAGAUGAUGUUGGAGCAUGUGUCAAGUCAUUUGAUAUCAGUGAUUUUGCCAUGAAGGACCUCCAGUCCCUCUAUAUCAAUCACUGAUUGCAUUGAUCUAAUCGAGGGCCUUAAAGACAGUUUCAGUACAUUCAGAGGCAAUGAUCAGCACUACAAUGCUGUUUUUCUUCAGCACUUUUAGAAAUCAUGAAACACUCUUCUCCACUUCGACUUGCACUCCCUCCCUCGGCAGAAAAAUUACUCUGAUUUGCCUCACAGGUAAUAGGCUACAACAACUGGCCUAUUACCAGUGUUUUCAUAUUGCCUAGUUUGAGACUCAAGUUUCGAAAUAUGAGGGACUCUACAUUAUAUUAAGGGGAAGGCCUACAUUAAGAAAGUCAGACCUCUUAUUGCAAUUGAAAAUAGGAAAGUGCAUGAAACAAUAUUUCCAGUCAGUGUAAAUAGCUCAUUUGUAAUGUAAUUUAAUUGGAAAUAUCUUUGCCCUGUGCUUUUCCACCGAUGCACUAUAGUUAGGCCCUAUAGGCUAUUGAUAAUUUAAUUGAUAUCACACAAUACAUCGUCGGUGCACUUGAUCUCUUGCGCCCAGCAGACAAUUGCACUCGGCUUGCAUUUUGAUUCAUAAGGUGAUCUCGACUAAGAAAAGGUCGUGGACCACUGUUCUAGUCUAUAAAGGCUAUGGCCUAUUAUUAUUUAUAAGCUGGGUGGUUUGAGCCCUGAAUGCUGACUGGCUGACAGCCGUGGUAUAUCAGACCGUAUACCACGGGUAUGACAAAGCAUUUAUUUUUACUGCUCUACUUAGGUUGGUAGCCAGAUUAUAAUAGCAAUAAGGCAUCUCGGGGCUUUGUGGUAUAUGGCCAAUAUACCAUGGCUAAAGUCGGUAUCCAGGUACUCUGCGUUGUGUCAUGCCAAGAACAGUCCUUAGCCGUGGUAUAUUGGCAAUAUACCACACCCCCUCGUGCCUUAUUGCUUAAGUGUAUUAGCAUACUCUUAGGUUAUUAUCUAAGUUUCCUUUAAUGGUGUUUUAAUAUGCAGCAUGUAACCUAACACAAAGCUGAUCUAAUUUGAUUGGCCUUCUUGCCAGUGAUUAACACUAGAAAAGCCUGCCCUCUCUGGACCCACCUUUCGGGCUAAUGAUGUGUCUUUUCAACAUGCUAGCAGUCUAAUAAACACAGUGCAUUCGG